CAAGAGAAUAGGAGGGUUGUUUCGUCCUACAGCAAAACAAACAACAAGUGGAAUACAAUAAAAUGUCAUCCUUGAGGGUAACAGACUAGAAUAGAUUGAAGUACAACAGAAAAUAAGAGAACAGAAUAUACACAUAUAGUACUAAAUUCAUAGAAUAGAAAAGGACAGAAUAUUUAAUAAAUGAAUAGAACUGAGCAUGCAGAGGGCAGUGUGUCCUGAAACAGCACAUACGAAAAUGAAAAAAUCAAAGCAACAUUCUUUGCAGUCAUUGUGAUAAAGAAGUACAGUACAUUUGCUUUAGACAUGCAAACAUGUUGAACUAUUAGCUGCCACUUAGGGCGCCACAGCGAUAAAAGGCGGGUUACGUUUAGAAGUCAUUUCCUGCAGAUUGUAUGCACAGUGACGCCACGGCGCCCGGAGCCAGCUGAUAAAACGGAGACUUAUACCCCAUUCAGGAGAAGUUCUCAGGUCAUUUGGCACACUGAGCAAACAGACCUGUGUUUCCCUGGAAGGUGUGUGGGUAAACGACAUCGGGACCACACCUGUACAGGCACGAGGAGGCGGACCGGAAUGAUUACUCGGACCCAGGUGACGCAAUCCUCCACAUGUUUCACAGAAAAACAGCCGACUGAAUGGAAACCAGAAAGAGGGGAAGGAGGAUUUAGAGACUUUAGAAGGAAUUAAAUAUGAACGCAGAUCCCGGAGCCACGGAGGCCGAUUCCUCCCGGGCAACGCCCAGAGGUGUGGAACCCGUCCAGGACUCGGACCAACGGAUCCAGGACCUGGGUCUGGAGCCGGGUCAGGUCUGGGCCCCCAGCGGGAGGCGUCUGAUCUCCGGCCUGCUAGGUUUGAACGUGGUGCUGCUGGGCGCGGCCCUGGUGGCCGGCCAGGCCUUCAACCCCGAGGCCCUGAAGCACCAGGAGCCCCAGGCCUUCCUGCUGCUGCUGAUGGGGGUCAGCUUGAUCUGGAUGCUGUGGUACCUGCUGUGGGCCCGGAAGCAGCCCGGCAUCAGCCCGCACAAAGACCACCACGCCGGGGGGAUGGCGGUGACGGUGGUCCUGAUGCUGUUCGCCGCCUUCAGCCUGCUGCUGUGCGUCUUCAGGGGCGGCUACCUGAUCAGCACCAGGCAGUGUAAGCCCACUUCUAUGGUGCUCUCUCCCUUCAUCGAGGCGCCUUUCCUCGCGCUGCAGUCGUACUUGUUGUGGUCUCACUCCAAAGACUGCAUCCACAGACACAAGAUCAUCACCAGGUCCGGUUUGAUGCUGAUCCUCUCAGCUGACCUGCUGCUGUGGCUCAACGCCGUGACGGAGGACUCCGUCCACCAGGAGAUCGAGUUGGAGAAGCAAGACGGGCUCCGUUUCAGCAACACAACCUCCUCCGAAGCAGAAAACUCUGAUGUAGCAGGGAUCCUGAACUCGACGCUCUGUCGUUGCGCCGCGAGCUCCGCCUGCCUCGCCUUCCGGAAGGGCUUCGAGGUCCUCUACCCCUUCAACAUGGAGUACUACCUGAUGGCCGGCUGCAUGGUCUACGUCAUGUGGAAGAACGUCGGCCGCAGGGUGAGCCCGGGCCACGCGCACCACGUCACCCAGAAGCUGACCCUGAAGGUGGUGUACCGGGGCGGCGUCGUCUACGGCCUGGCGUCCGGUGCCCUGGUGCUGGUGGUGGGCGUGGUCGUAUUUGUCCUCUACCAGGUGUGGGUGGGCCGGCAGCGGCUCCGCCCCACCGCCUUCCUCAUCUUCUACGGCUACCACCUGGCCGUCAUGCCCGUCAUGUCGCUGUGCUGCCUGGCGGGGGUGCUGGUCCACCGGCUGGAGAGGAGGGCGGAGGAGGCGGGGCACAACCCCACCCGCAGCCUGGACGUCACGCUGCUGGUGGCGGCGGCCCUGGGCCAGCUUGCCCUGUCUUACUUCUCCCUGGUGGCCGCCCUGGCGGUGGGGACCGGCGGGUCCCUGGGCAGCCUCGACCUGUCCUACUCCCUCCUCAGCCUCCUGCAGCUCAUCCUGCAGAACAUCUUCAUCAUCGAGGGCCUCCACAGGCACCCGAACCCGCUGGCCAGGAAGGAGGAGCGGGCGUGCAGCAGCAUCUUCCAGCUUAAGAAGAAGGUUACAACGCCAACGAAAGAGGAGAAGACAAACACGUCACUGCUGGAUGGGGCCGCGCCACAUGCUGCCAUAGAGCAUGAUGGGAAAACCCCCUGGACCAAAAGAGCGAUACAAGAAGUCUGUGCUUUCCUCAUCCUGUCCAACGUUAUGCUGUGGGUCAUCCCCGCCUUCGGCGUGCACCCUCAGUUUGAGAACGGACUUGGGAAGCAGUUCUUCGGCUUCUCGCCGUGGUUCGUUCUGGUGAACUUGGGUCAGCCGCUUGGCGUCUUCUACCGGAUGCACUCCGUGGGAGCGUUGAUGGAGCUGCUGAUUGCCGCGUGACACCGGCGGAGGCCCGACCGAGACUGCUGAAGAUGCCAGGAAGUUCAGGGGGAACACAUUUUAGAAACUAUUUGGUUGAUACAGUAAGAGGAGAUCUCUGAGGCUGGUGGUUCUAGUGAGGCAUCAACCACCAAAUCUUCAAAAAAUAGCUGAAUUCUCUGUAGUGACCAGCAGGGGGCGACUCCUCUGCUCCCAUAGACGUCUAUGAGGAAAUGACUCUACUUCUCUGUAGUGACCAGCAGGGGGCGACUCCUCUGCU